GCUCCUACCAACCAGGCUCACCCUCCAACGUCUUUCCCCCCAAGACUAACAUGUUUGGAACCCAAACAGGGGUAGAGCUGGAACAGAGGGGCAUGUUUGUUUCUUUGAACGACCUUCACACGAGCUUCAACUGCUAUUUUGAGGUUAUCCGUCGACGUCGUGGUCCCCCGGUCUACCAGUGGGAGGUGCUGAUCGGGGCCCUCCUGAGACAGUUGAUGAUGAGGAGGAGCUAGCUGCAGAUGUCCAUACCGCCUGUAAACUAGCCAAAGUUGGUCUCGCAAUCCCGAAACACGACACAUGUGAAGCUGCUUCACAGACCGGAGGAAAGAAAGCUCCAGAAAGAUUAUCUGAUGGAGGUUUAAUCUUUGGGUUCCAAAGCUGUAUAAGACCUGUACAUUCCUGGCUUUCCAGUGAUACUCCCAACCUCCAUCUCUUGUCCUGGUUUCCUCCCUGCUUCUUAUUCAUCUAGUAUUUAGCCGUUUACCUUGUCUUAGUGCCUGGCGCUGCCCGGAAUAAGCCUGUCCUCGUUAUCGCUCCUCAUCACUCCCCUGAUACCACCUCUGGCUCCAGGUCGAGGGCCAUAAAUCCUUCAGAAUGGUCGCUGAGGCAGACUCGGCGUCUCAGGGCAGUGGUGUGCGACUGAAGCAGGAGAUUUCCCUCCUUCAUGGCGUGUGUCUCAUUGUCGGAAACAUGAUAGGCUCUGGCAUCUUUGUCUCACCUAAGGGUGUUCUCAUGUACACAGGUUCAUUUGGCCUGUCUCUUGUAGUGUGGGCCAUUGGAGGGAUAUUUUCUGUGUUUGGAGCGUUAUGCUAUGCUGAGUUGGGCACCACCAUCCGUAAGUCUGGAGCAUCUUACGCCUACAUCCUCGAGGCCUUUGGAGGGUUCUUAGCUUUUAUAAGGUUAUGGACAUCUUUGUUAAUAGUGGAGCCGGCCUGUCAGGCAGUGAUAGCUCUGACCUUCUCUAACUAUCUGGUCCAGCCUUUCUACCCCACCUGUUCAGCCCCUUAUGAUGCCGUCAGACUCAUUGCUGCCGUCAUUAUAUGUCUGCUGACAUGUGUAAACUGUAUGAAGGUAAAAUGGGGGGCUAUUCUUCAGGUCAUCUCCACAUUUGCCAAAGUCCUGGCUCUUAUUGUCAUCAUAAUUACUGGCUUGGUUAAACUGGGACAAGGCUUUGACCAGAACUUUGAAGACUCAUUUAAAGGGUCCAAGGUGAACCCUGGUGAGCUGGCCCUGGCCCUUUAUUCAGCUCUCUAUUCAUACUCUGGCUGGGACACACUCAACUUCAUCACUGAAGAGAUCAAAAACCCAGAGAGGAAUUUGCCUUUGUCCAUUGCUAUCUCCAUGCCCAUUGUUACAGUGAUCUACAUUUUAACCAAUGUGGCUUACUACGUUGUCAUGGAUGCUGACAAAGUGCUCAAUAGUGAAGCUGUUGCUGUGACUUUUGCAGACGAGGUGUUGGGCUGGGCCCGAUGGCUGAUCCCCCUGUCAGUGGCCAUUUCUUGUUAUGGAGGUCUAAACUCCUCCAUCAUUGCUGCAUCCAGGUUGUUUUUUGUUGGUUCAAGAGAGGGGCACCUACCGAAUGUCCUGUGCAUGAUCCAUAUAAAGCGUUUCACCCCAAUUCCUGCCCUGCUUUUCAAUGGUGGCAUGGCUCUGUUCUACCUGUCUGUGCCUGAUGUUUUCCAGUUGAUCAACUACUUCAGUUUUAACUACUGGUUGUUCAUCGGCCUGUCAAUAGCCAGCCUGAUCUAUCUUCGCAUUAAAGCUCCAAAUAUGCACAGACCUGUGAAGCUGUCUCUGUUUUUCCCCAUCGUUUACUGCUUGUGCAGCAUCUUCCUGGUCGUGGUUCCCCUCUACAGUGACACUAUCAACUCUCUGGUGGGAAUUGCUGUGGCGCUGUCAGGUGUACCCGUCUAUUUCAUUUGCAUCCACCUGCCACCCAGCUCCAGACCUGCCUUCCUCAGUCAAAUGCUCGAUAAGCUGUCUCUUAUCACCCAAAAAGUGUGCAUGUGUUGUGUGGCCUCGCCUGAUAUCGACCUGGACAACAUAGAUCAAGAAAAGAUCGAAUGAGGGAGUGACAAUGGACACAUUCAAGAUGCUCUGUGCCGGGGUGGCAGAGAGAGGGUGAACACAAAGGAAACUGUGUGCGGCAAACAAUCAGGAUUUGCAGAAGUGGAGCUUGAUUGAUUUUUGAGAAGGAACGAUGGAGAGAUGAGCUUGACUCAGUUUAACUCCUCCUCAUCUCUAACUCGUCAGCCAUUUCAAAAAGUGGAGCAAAAAUGAAACAUGAUUACCCUCCAACAAAUAGCACUAAACAGACAAAAUAAGUGUGCACAUUCACAUGCUAUUAUAGAAUGCAUCAUGGUUGCACGUUUCCCUCUACACGUGCCUAUGCACCGCAUCGCACUCAUAUGUAAGUUGACCAAAGGCCUUCAGGUGAAGCUUCAAAUUACAACCUGAUCCAGAAGGACUGAACUCUGCAAAGAUGCCUAUAGGGAUUAAGCAGCAAGUUGGUACAGAAAAUCACAAGUGGUGUUAAAUAUGUUAACUGUAUGCCUCACAUGCACUGUGUCAUGCCUCUUAAGUCAAAGCUCUGUUACUGUAGCUCAUGUUAAUGUGCUAAAGGGGAGCCUGAACAGUUUGCAGCCUUUUUUUAGCCUCUUUUUAAACUAAAGCUUGUGACUCUCAUUACAAGUCUGGGAGCAUUUCCACCAAACAGUUCAGCCUGUUUAACCCUCUUAUUUGAUCAUUAUUGGGGGCCUUAAGAUCAUAAAGUUACUCUGCUACUCAUCAGCAAAAAGAAAUGUUAAGAAACAAAUGAAAGAUAAUCAUAAUUUUAAAUCUCUUUACCUUAAAUCUCAUGGCUUAACAAGGGGCUCAAUAAGGUUUUCUGUCUUUUUUGAAGUUUGUGGUCCUAAUAUAUGAACCAUAUUUAGGAAAAGUUAAGAUUUUCAGACCCAUUGUAGACUGGGCAUGUCAGCCAAUGUCCAAAGACCUUGCCAUUAAACUUGCAAACAGACCUUUGUAAACAGUCGCUGAAUUAAAUCAUAUUAUUAGUCUGUGACCUGAAGCUUGAACUUUGAUUUGUUUUAUUACUGAAGGACCAAGCAGACAGGUGUAGGGGUUUUUUAAUAUUUAUCUAGUUAAGAAGAAGAAGGAAGAUCUGCUCUUAUUUUUGCAGCUUGAAUAAGCUUGUUAGGAUGUCUCAGUUGACUUUGAAUGUCUUUUUUGUAUUGUUUUAAUGGGGUAAUCAUAAUAGAAAUAUAAACAGGAAAUCUCUCACCGUGUUUCAUGCUGCUUAAGUUUCAGUAAUGCAAAAGAAAUUUUUGUUACAGUGGAUGCAUUUUCAGGGCAUUUAUUUCUGGUGCCUCCUGGUGGUAGCUGAAAUGAAUUUUAAAGGACAAACUACACUAUUUUAAGAGCCCGUUAACAAUUGUGAUUGCUUAUUCUGUACCAUUUCAUUUUGUGUCUUUCUCUUUUUGCCAUUCAUAAACAAAAACUGAUGGGUGGAUUGUGACAACAUAAAAACAUACCAGUAAAGCACAAGUAUCUCUACACUGCUCAUCAGUACAGUACCUGAUUAAAUGCACAUUGUUGCUUGCCAUAGCUGCAGUUCAAAUUAUUUGAUGUUCACGCUGUAACACAUUUUUAAUGCAGCCUUAAUAUUAGGAUAAUGGGAAAAGUUUUACAGGUUUAAACUCAAGUUGAUUCUGAUUUGAUGAUUUUUAGAUAGAGCAAAUGUACCUCUAUUGUUUUAUUUGUUUUCUUUUUCAGAAUGGGUUUUGUGUAGAUCCAGACCUCAGGAUCAACACUGCUAAUGUGCACACUUGUUAAUGGUAUUUAUUUUAUAUAUGUAUAUUGACAAUUUAUUUACACUGCAUAACCAAAGGUCUGUAAAAGGCUGGACCUCUUUCUGCUGAGUGCAGUGAGCUCGUAGCAACAUGUUUCCGCUGUGUAGUGAGAACAUCAUAGCUGUAGUGUGAACUACAAGUCGAACCAGUAGGACUUUGGUGUUUGUACUGUAGUCUCUCUGAACCUGUGCCUUCUGUGAGUGUGAUCUACCAGACACUGUCUGUUUUUGGUUUUGUGAUAUGGUGUUUGUGUACUGUGGCUGUAGUAAAAUGGAAUUUAGGUAUUGCUUGACAGUUUGCCAAAUGUUAUUCAGGUCUAUCUGAAGGUCUGUAGGUCCAGCUAAACCAAUGAAACAGCUUCAUGUUUUGUAGAUGAGGUCAGUUUGUAAUGUCAAAGCCUUAGGUACAAACAUGUUUAGUGUCUUGCCAAAAGCACUUGCACAACACUGGCCAACAGAACUUUGUUUAAUGUUGGUUUUUAGAUCAUCUGUGUUUAUGUAUUACGAAAACCACAAUAUGACUGUAGUAGACUACAUUUUCAAUGUAUUUUCAUAUAUGAAGUUACUAUCUACUCAGAAAACUUGAAUGUUGCCAUAAUAAUGAGGGUUAGGUACCAAAUGUUUUUUUUUUUUUUUCCUGGUCUGGUUUUGUGUAUUUGUUGGAUUUUUUAAGUGCUGGCUGUCUUAAUGUUUUUAUCAUCAUGUUCUGGACAAACGAGUUGCAAGGAUUUUUUUUUGUGUGUGUUUGUUUUAGUUUAAUAAAGGCAAAUGCAGAAUA